ACUGGCAAGAUUUUAUUAAAAAAUUACAAUAUUAAAGAGGCCUAAUGCUGUAAAGAAUUAUUUUAAGAAAAUUAUCUGAUCGCAUUAACCUAUUUUAAUCUAAAUUUCUUGUUUAAUGUAAUUCAUAGUUGUUUGAAUGCUUAUGAUAAGUAAAAUAUAAAAGUCAAAAUUUAAAUUAGACAAUACUGCCAUAUCACAAAAAAUCUACAGUUUAAUGCUUAAAAAUGGAUUUUCGUACAGUUGAACAUGAAAAUAUACCACCUUUAUCAAAUCCUACAGAGUUACCAUUACCUAAAUAUCCAAUAUAUACUAUUGAAUAUUUUCAAAAAUAUUUUGAUGUAACAUCAGAAGAUGUAUUAGAACGUAUUAAAGGAGCAUUAAUUCCAAAACUUGGAAACAACUAUUUACAACUUUUUAUUAGAUCAAAACCAGAUGUUUAUGGCCCAUUCUGGAUAUGUGUAACAUUAGUAUUUUCUAUUGCUAUUAGUGGAAAUGUUGCUAAUUAUAUUCAAGUAGCUGCUAAUCAUGAUUACCAUUGGAAAUACAACUUUCAUGCUGUUUCUUCUGCAGCUACUGCAAUUUUUUUAUAUGCUUGGUUACUACCAUUUGCAUUAUGGGGAUUUAUCAAGUACAAAGAACCACAAUUUGUUCUCAGUUAUUUAGAGUUGCUAUGUCUGUAUGGUUAUUCACUCGCCAUAUUCAUUCCAAUUUCAAUUUUAUGGGUUAUUCAAAUUUUAUGGCUUCAAUGGCUUUUAGUUGCUGCUGGUACUCUACUAUCAGGCUAUGUUAUAAUAUCAUCAAUUUUGCCAGCAUUAGGUCAAAAACCUUUUGGAUUUAUCUUUUUAAUUGUGAUUUUACAUUUGUUUAUGGGAACAGGUUUUAUGUUAUAUUUUUUUCAUGUACCACCUUUACAAAAAAGUUAGAUUAUUCUUUUAAAUAAAUUAAAUAAGUAAUAAAAAAAUUAUUCACAGUUAUAUAUGUAUAAUAUUGUAUAAAUAUUUAUAUAAAUUUUAAUUUAUAAUUGAUUAUAUCUUAUUGUUGCUAACAA